AUGCAUCCCACCCAGAACACCGGAGGCCCUAACCUCAAUAUAUCCAUUGCCGCACCCCCUAUAUGGACAUAUGCCGCAGGGGACACUAUAAUCGGCAGCGUGAGCCGCCACUCGCAUAUAGUGGCCCCAGAAGCCAAGCUCUCACUUACAUUGAUCGGACGCACAAGAGCCCGCCUAAUAACAGAAGGCUACCCAUCGAAAAUCUCAUCCUACGGCAACUGGAAACUUUUCGAGCUUCCAUCGCAAACCCUGUUACGUGGACCUAUACACAUACCAUCGCCCAGCACGCCAACCGACUGGAUCAACAUCCAUUUCUCAAUUGAUAUCCCCGAAGCAGUUUCACUGUCAGCAGUCCGCAACCACGCACAAGAAGAGAGUUUCAUCCCACUAGAAGCAAACUACCUCACACAGCAGCAGUUACCGGGGACAUUUUCCACCGAAUGGACCGGAGCCAAAGUCUGCAUCGAGUACUAUCUCCAGGCGCAGCUGCGGUAUAUUCGCAAUGGCUUAUGGUAUGUCCAGCGUGCGACAGCGCCUAUCACGUUAGGCUAUCCGACGGUAGACGGAAGGGGGAUCCGGUUCGCGCUGCAGCGGUGCAGUAUCGUGAGCCGGGUGCGCAGCCAGCGAUUGCUUCCGUGGAUGCGGGAUGUGGAUUUAUCCUUGAAGCAGAAGACGAAGAAGAUUCUUGGGUUAUCUUCUGUUCCUGGAUUUAGCUUUGAGGUUGUGAUGAGUGUGCCGAUUGCUAUUCAGCUUGAUGAUUCGUCGCCGAUUCCGCUUCUUAUCAGGAUUAUACCGCAGCGGGAUGGGAGUAGUAGUGCUAUUUGGGAUGUUGUGCAACGGGUCGAGGUUAUUGAGGUUAAGAUGAGUAUUCUUUCGAAAGUUGAGAUUGUUGUCAAACCGAGUGAGGAGAGCUUCUAUAAGAUUCCUAAUGAUGGACAUGUGUUUGUUCAGAAUUUGGGCCUGGAGAAAGCGUUUGAACAGCGAAAGGAUCCUAUUGUCACUUUUGCUGGGCCAAGUGAUUCACCGGUCGAUAUUGGGAGGGUGCUUCGGCUUGUUCUCAGACACGAUGGUCUGAUGAGUGAUGGGAAGCGUCUCAGUGUUUUGGCUAGCAUCCAGCCUAGUUUUGUCACUUUCAAUACCAAGCUGAGUCACUCGAUAAUAUGGCAGAUCUCUCUUAGUAUUGCCGGGGAGACACGAACUGUGUCGAUGACGACAGUGGUCACUGUGUAUAACAGUGCCUCUAGGCUGUGA